GGGAGCACAGGGCAGUGGGGGGCAGGGUGGAGGUUGAUGUGGUGGAUGAGGAGGUGAAGCUGGCAGUCAGUCUGUCAGCAGAGCUACUGUGGAGGAGAAAGUAGCAGCAGCUGGGAGAGAAAAGUUAAAGAAAAGAGGACAGAGAGGAGAAUAACGACUGACAUCAUCAAAGGAGUCAGAGAAGAUGGAGUCUUGGUUCUGCUCCAGCUGGAUACACCUUUCGUUGGUUAUCAUCAUGUUCAGAAAUAUCUCGGCUUACCCGGCAUCACCACUGCGCUACACCAUCCACUCUGCCAAUCACAGCUUCGAUGAGGCCAUGGAUCUUUGUUCCCCUGGUGUCCUUGCUACCUUCAAAACUGAGCAGGAGCUGGGUGUAAUCCUUGGGGAAAUCUCAUCAGGUUCACAUCUACAUCAGAACCCAUCCAUAUUCUGGGUUGGCUUGAGGAAGGGCAAGAAAGAAUGUGUGCUUCCCACACUUCCACUGAGAGGAUUCAAGUGGAUAGAGGAUGGCAGCGAAAAGUCGCAGGUGAUCGUCAACUGGAUCGUAGAACCAGAAAAUACCUGUGCGACGCUUCGCUGUGCAGCACUAAAGCUGCAUGUAGACGGGUCGAAGGUGACUAGUUGGGGUCUGAUUCCUGUCGGCUGUAAGAACAAAUACCAGUUCAUCUGUAAGCUGGGAGACAGACUGACAGGAGGAACACCUAAACCACCAAAUUCUGCUGUACCAGAACCACAUAACCCUGAACCUGUACCUGCAACAAGAGAACCAGAACCAGAACCAGCUACAUCUGAACUUCCAACUGAAGGACCAGAGCAAGAAAGUGACCAGAACCCUAAAACUGGACCGGAAGUGGACGGCCUCAAGCCUGGUUCUGAACCUGCACUGGUGUCAGACUCUUGUCAGCACCCCAUCAUCCAUUCUGCUCGCUCCAUCAGUAUGGACUCAAUCAACAGCAGCAGGAUCCAGGUGGAGUGCUGGUCCAAUAUCCAGCUGGAGCUCCACUGCUCAGGCCGUCCUGCUCUGUGGCGGAUGCUGGAUGACUCCCCUGCAAACUUCACCACCCUCUGCCAGCCGUGCGAGGAUGGCUUUGAGAAAGAUGCUUCUGGAAACUGUUUGGACAUCGACGAGUGCAGCAGGCGCAGCCCCUGCAGGCACACCUGCCUGAACACUGAGGGCUCAUAUAGGUGUGUCUGCACCAAUGAAGAUGGAAAACACCAAGAUGAGGACUCACCAGUGUGCAGAGAUAAAGUGAAUAAUGACAACUUUAUGUCCAGUAUUCUUUUCCCGGUGCUGGUUGCCGUGGCAGCGCUGGUGGUUCUGGUGGUGGUUGUCAUGGUGAUAGUGAAGUGCUGCCUGAUGAGGCGGUCAAAGAAACGUGCCAUGAAGAAAGCAGAGAAGAUGGGGAUGAAGACCAAAGAAGGCACUGAUUCCUUUGAAACAGCUAAUGAGAAGGGAUUGGUAUGAGGAAGUAGGGCUGUGAUUGGCUGAAGUGAGUGACAUCAUCAGUAAUCCAACAUUUACAGUUUUGUGUUGGAUGAAAAUAAUUUGUAAAAUAACUCAAACAUAUGAAGGCCUGGAGUGUUCAGACACAGAAACAUCCGUAUGGAGUUCAUGUUUUACUGUGUCCAGAUUAUUCUAAGUUUGUGGUUAUAUACACAUAUAUACAAAAUGUAUAUAAUAAUAUGAAUUUAUUAACUGAGUUAACACUGUGGGUGAAAAAGGUCAAGUAGGUGAAGAACAGGCGAGGAACAGGUAACAAACAAGCGAAGAACAGGUGAGGAACUGGACUGACCGUGCAGCUUCUUACUGGAUGAUGAGUUCAGCUGAAGUUCAGCUGUGAUCCUGAUCAGGGAGUCCUCCCAUGAUGAAGAACAGACUGCUGGACUGAAGAUUAUCACAAAGACACCUCACAGAAACUCAGAUAAACAUCAGACAUAAUUUAAAACUUAAAGUCUUGUAACGAGUCACAGAGGUGAGAGAAGACGAGCUGUACACUGUCGUCAUAUAUUAAGUUCAAAGUUUUUUCCUGGCAGGUGUUUGCUGCAUGUGUCUCUGUAAAUAAUCAGAAAUAAACAUCUAAUUAAAUUUAUUAAACUUCCUCAUCAAAGAAUUAAUAAAGUUUCACAGAUUUUAUUUUGAAAACCAA